CCGGGUGAAAUAUAAUAUAAAGACCUCACGUUUAGAUAGGAUCUUGGUGGAGGUCGGUGAGGUCGCAAUCUGAUUUAUUGUAUAAUUUUAUUAGGAUAAAAAUGGCCAAGAAAAGAGGAGGAAAUCGUGACGUGGACAGUAUGCCUUUACUAGAUGAAGAACGGAAGGCAAAAGAAGCUCUGUCUCCUAAAGCAACGCAGUACUCGGGAGGUUCUGCACGGAUGUCCAUCCUUAUUUUGCUUGCAAUCUUCACCUGUGCUGCCUCACUCAUGUAUCUAGUCUAUAGAAAUUUCCCAGAGCUGAGCGAGGAUGAAAGGGAAAAGAUCAAAAUCCCAAAAGACAUGGAUGAUGCUAAGGCACUUGGCACAGUUCUGUCCAAAUACAAGGACACAUAUUAUACUCAAGUGCUAAUAGCUUACUUUGCAACGUAUGUCUUUCUGCAGACGUUUGCCAUUCCAGGCUCUAUCUUCCUCAGUAUACUGUCUGGGUAUCUUUAUCCAUUCCCCUUGGCCUUGUUUCUCGUUUGUUUGUGCUCAGGUCUUGGAGCUUCUUUUUGCUAUAUGCUGUCCUACUUAGUGGGCCGACCAAUGGUAUACAAGUAUCUCACAGAGAGAGCUCAGAAAUGGUCUCAGCAGGUGGACAAGCAUAGAGAACAUCUCAUCAACUACAUCAUCUUUCUUAGAAUAACACCCUUCCUCCCAAAUUGGUUCAUCAACAUUACCUCACCUGUGAUCAAUGUGCCCCUUGGGGUCUUCUUUCUGGGUACCUUCUUUGGCGUCGCUCCUCCAUCCUUUGUGGCGAUAAACGCUGGAACAACACUGUACAAACUGACCACAGCUGGUGAGGCUGUGUCUUGGAACUCUCUUGCAGUACUGGGCAUUUUGGCAGUGCUCUCCAUCUUGCCUGUGUGUUUCCAGAAGAAACUUCAGCAAAAACUGGAGUAGCACUCUCCCACUGUUUGCCUGCCUCCCAUGUGGUUCAGCUCAGGAAUGAUGUGGGUCUCUGUCACUUGCUUAAAUCAGUCCCUCCAUGUCCACCCAUGACCACAGACCAGGCCUUUCUGAGCCACGCGAUGAGUGGGGACAACUCGAGACUGAAUCAGUGACUGACUGGUCUUUGCUAAAGAGGUCAUUAUUUUACUCCAAAUGAGGAAGUGAAAUAAUGCUCAAGCUUGUGGAUGCCUGUCUUGAAUGUGUUCUUAAUCGCUAAGUUUUCAGAUUCUUUAAGUUAUAUUCCCAUAAUGAGUUGUUUUUAAUUUUCUGUAUAUAUUUCUGAUAUCUUAAAGAGCUAUUUCACUCUUUUGAAAAUGUCAGUUUCUGACAAAGCUUUUGUUUCUUAUAUCUCUCCUAUUGAAUAUGUCUGCUCCCCAAAAUUAAAUGUGCCAUGAACAUUGCUAUCAAAAACUGUUACUUCUUUAAGAUGCUCAAAUUAAAUUGAGAACCUUUUGCUUUGGA